UCAGUCGGUCCUCGACCGUGAUAUCGUCCGGAUCGUUCGUCGAGUCUAACCCUUCCUUUCUUUCUUCCUUUCUGCAUAUAUUUUAAGAUAAAAUUCCAAUCAUUCUUAAGAAAAUUGUGAUUCUCUCAGUAAAACGAAAAUGAUAAUACUUCAAGCGAAAUUACUUUACUAACGUAAGCAGGGAGUGUUGACGUAAAUACAAUUUCUUCGGCUUUUCCAUCUAUGUAAAAAGUUGCGUAAAUUACUAAGGGAUAAAAAGACAUUACAAAGAAAAGAAAGGUGAAAAAAAAUACGAAAGGAAAAAUAUAUUAUCCGGAGUAAUUAGUAACCAAGUAAAAAGCUAUUUCGAAGGAUUAUGAAACUUCAAUUUCAUAAUAAUUAACAAAACAACAAAAAUGAUCCGUUGGAUAUUCUGCUUUGUCGCAGUGCUGAGCUGUUCAGUGAUAUGCAACUGCGAGCUUAACAAUAAAAUGAAAAUUAUUUAUUCCUGGAAAGCAUUGGAGUUUGCAUUUCCGAGUGAUCGUGCGAGAGCGACAGCAAUAAAACAGGGCACUUUCAUACCAGGGGCACCGGUACCUAUAGACGUGGACUUUUAUUAUGGAGAGCGACAAGGAUCGAUCGUUUUCGUGACGAUACCAAGAUUUAUAAAGGGAAUACCAGCAACCUUUGGUUACGUUACCGAUGACGUCACGCCAGAAGGAAAUCCUAUAAUUGCACCAUAUCCUAGCUGGGAAUGGAAUAAAGAGGGUGAUUGCAACGUUAUCACUAGUGUCUUCAGAGUGGCGAUCGACAAAUGCAACAGAUUAUGGGUACUCGAUACAGGGAAGGUCGGUAAUCGUCAAAUUUGUCGGCCUCAACUGCACGUAUUUUCCUUGAUCAAUAACAGAUUGAUUCAUCAGUACAAAUUUCCACGUGAUCAGUUCAAGGACACUUCCCUUUUCGUUACACCUGUCGUGGAUAUUCGUGAUACCGAUGAUAAAUGUCGUAACACGUUCGUCUAUAUCGCUGAUGUGACUGGUUUUGGCUUACUCGUUUAUGAUUAUCGUUAUAAUAGAUCUUGGAGGAUCGAGAACAAACUUUUCUAUCCUUAUCCAUCUUAUGGAACUUUUAAUAUAAAUGGCGACACCUUCGAUCUUAUGGAUGGUAUAUUCGCUUUAGCUUUGGGUCCUAUCAGAUCAGACGGUGACAGAAUUCUUUAUUUUCAUUCUUUAGCCAGCAAAGUUGAAUCUUGGGUAGCCACAUCGACCAUAAGAAAUUAUUCCAUCUUCGUUCACGAUUCCGAGGCAACACCGAGAUCUUUCAAACCAUUUGCAUUGGAAAGACAAUCGCAAUCAGCAGCCGAAGCAAUGAACGAAAAUGGCGUCCUUUUCUUUGGUCUUUUGUCCGAGAUAUCGCUUGCCUGCUGGAAUAGUAAAAAAUAUCCUGAAUAUGGUAACAAGAACAUCGAGAACAUUCUAUUCGAUCGAGAAAAUCUACAAUUUCCUUCUGGUAUGAAGUUGAAAUAUUCGAAAAAAAAUCGAGAAGAGAUCUGGAUAUUGACGUCAUCAUUUCAAAGAUUCAUGACAGGAACUUUGCAUUCAAAUGAGACUAAUUUCCGUAUUCUGGCUGGAUUCGUCGAUGAAUUAGUUCGUGGCACCAAAUGUGAUUCUGUUACACAUGCUCAUGGGCCAGUAACUUUUCCAACAUGAAAAUUAUGGCACCGCGAGAAUCAUAGACUACAUCAUCAACAGUGGUCAUCCCAUUAUCUAUGGUCUACUCAUACAGCAUUACCGAUUAUUCCAAAAGUAAUUUUUAACCAUCAACCGGUGGGAUAUAGUUUUUUUUAAACCAUAAGUAAAUUCGAUUCGAAUCCAAACGAAAAAAUUAUUUUUGUUUUUUUUUUUUUUUUAUAAAUGAACUCGCGGUGCUGAUUUGCUUUAUAUUUAAUUUAAUUUAAUUUAAGCAAGACACGAACGUUCAAAACAUUUGUGUAUAUUUUUAUUUAUUUUAUGUAUUAUAUUAUAUAUAUAUGUGUAUGUGUGUGCGUGUGCGUAUCUGUGUACGUAUGUAUUAUAGCAACCGAAGUGCCAACAAGUCCUAUCUAUAUUGUUUAAAAUAAUAGUAAAUAAUGCUAAUAAAUAAAAUAUAAAAAUUAUGCUAAUGAAAUCUGUUU